GAAAUGAAUAAAUCUCUGCAUCGGAUUUAAGCUUGGUCGCAGUUAUCGUCCAGCCAUCGGAUUGACAAGAGGAUCUCGAAUAUUUAGAAAAUCAUGGAAAUUCUAAACAACAAAUCGAUCCCGGUUGUCAACUAUGCUUCGGGAACUCCGGAGGAUAUUCCCAUCCUCAUGCAAGGAGGAAACUACAUCAGAGAAGGGAAAGAUUCCCAUAAAAGUACGGCAAUCAUCUUCUCCUUGAAAGAAGAAGUCGGAGCAUUGGCAAAAGCACUCAAGAUUUUCGAUGAUGACAAAGUGAAUUUGUUGCACAUCGAGAGUCGAUCGUCCAAGAGGGCGACGGGUGACUAUGAAUUUAUCGUGGAAUGUGACACCCACGAGGGAAAUAUUACGGGGGCAAUGGAACGUUUGCGAGAAGCGUCGAGCUACUUCAAAAUUAUUUCGAGGAAUUACAAAGAUAAUUCGGGUACGCAAUUGGCUGACGUGACGCCCUGGUUCCCACGAAAAAUUCGAGACUUGGAUAAAUUUGCAAAUCAGAUUUUAUCCUAUGGAUCCGAAUUGGACAGCGACCAUCCAGGAUUUACGGACCCCGUGUAUCGCAAGAGACGUGCACAAUUGGCGGAUAUUGCGUUCCAUUACAAGCAUGGAACUCUAAUUCCAACGAUUGACUACACGCCUCAAGAGACGGAAACGUGGGGAAAAGUUUUCACACAAUUGGUCGAUCUUUACCCGACCCAUGCGUGCAAAGAGCACAACCACAUUUUCCCCUUGCUCAUCGAAAAUUGUGGAUAUCGAGCGGAUAAUAUCCCUCAGCUUCAGGACAUUUCAGACUUUUUAAAAGAUAAUACGGGCUUCUCUUUGCGACCUGUGGCUGGAUUGUUGUCAUCACGAGAUUUCUUGGCUGGGUUGGCGUUUAGAGUGUUCCAUUCUACGCAGUAUAUUCGACAUCAUACGUGCCCAUUUUACACGCCGGAACCUGACGUCUGUCAUGAACUUCUUGGUCACGUCCCACUCUUCGCGGAUCCUGAGUUUGCCGCAUUUUCGCAAGAAAUUGGUCUUGCAUCUCUUGGCGCACCUGAUGAUGAUAUUAAAAAGUUGGCCACGUGCUACUGGUUUACCGUGGAGUUUGGACUAUGUCGUCAAGAAGGUGAAAUUAAAGCAUUCGGUGCCGGAUUGCUCAGUUCGUACGGCGAGUUGCAAUACUGUCUCAGCGAUAAGCCCGAAGUUCGACCCUUCGAUCCUCAAAAGACUGGGAUUCAAGACUACCCAAUCACCGAGUACCAACCAGUUUACUUCGUUGCGGAGAGUUUUGCAGAUGCGAAGCAUAGAUUAAUGCAAUACGCUGAAACUAUUCCGCGUCCGUUCAGCGUUCGUUACAACGCUUACACCGGCAGCGUUGAAAUUAUCGACUCGAAGAAACAACUCGACAAUAUUAUUCAGGACAUUAAAUUGGACCUGAAUAUCUUGCAGAGCUCAAUGCUCAAAAUUGCGGUGAUGGAUUCAUAACAAUUUCCAACUUGAAAUUCACCAACGAAUUACCUUUUCCUGUCUUCCAUCAGAAAAUUUGCAAUUUUAUCCUUAAUAUUUUUUUAGGUAAAUUCUUGUUUAUUCGAUGAUGAGAUUGGAUUAUGCUAAUAAAGUUAUUCUUAAAAUUCA